AUGCAAUUUUACAUGCGUCAAUUAACUUCUAAAAUCAUUCGUAUUCCUUUCAUCAAACGAUACAACUAUCAUGGCAAUGAAACAAGAAUUAAAGUAUCUCAACAUCAAUUGCUAGGCAUUAAUUACGAUUGUGCAUCAGAAGAAAUCGUUAAAGCACAGCGUGCACCUGAUAUUCCGUUAGAUUUAAUGCAAAAGCGUACUAUUGAAGAGAUACAGAUUCAAGAAGCACAACAAAAGCAACAUCAAAAUGCAACGACAGAAUCUACAUAUUAA